GGUCGCCAGCCUAAACUUGGGGCCGCAGACUGUGCGUGCAACAGACAUAGAAAAUUGUAAGCAUUUGAAAGGCUUAAAGGAUCAAUUGACAUAUGAUUCAGGCAACCCUAGGAUCCUGAUAGGACAAGACAACUGGAGACUCUUAAUAGCCACACAAGUACGCAGAGGUCCACCGCACCAGCCAAUAGCCUCGCUCACAGAACUGGGAUGGGUGCUACACGGGGCGCACACUAAAGCCCCGCAUCAGCGCGUCCACACGGCCAACGAGCUGUACACGAGCGAGGAGAAUAUAAAUGACCAAAGUAAAGUGGACGACUGGCGCUGGGUACCCACAAAAUUGAAUAUAGCUGACACCGCUACGAGGGACGUACCACCCAAUUUCGACUCUAACCACGAGUGGUACAGUGGCCCAUCAUUUCUAUACAAAGAACCGUCAGCAUGGCCAACAGAACGACCCACGUCAUCCGAACCUACUGGUGAAGAAAGAUCUCUCACCAUCACAGAAAGAUAUAGAGCUCCGCUAUAUAAAGAGGCCAUUCCCGAUCCGACGAAAUUUUCGAAAUGGGAACGCUUAGUGCGAGCUACGGCCAGAGUGCUUCAAUUCAUAACACUCUGCCGCAAAACAACCGACAGGACCUUUUAUAAAAGGACAAAAAAAAAAUAGAGAGGAAGACCCCGACUGGAGGAGAUCGAAGUGCAAUCCGCGACGUCUCGCGCAGCCUCCCAGUCAGGUGAAAAGCAAAGAUGUAAACAAAUACAUCACACUGGAGGCCGAAUAUAUAAGAAAGGCCGAAAAGCUCCUGGUACAUGUCAUCCAGGAAGACUCCUUCACACAAGAGAUAGCCGAUCUCCGUAACGAUAAGAGGGUCGCCCAUGAUAGCCGCCUACGACCACUACAGAUACAAUUGAAAGACGGGAUCAUUGCGCUACGAAGUCGAAUAGCCGCUGUAAAAGGAGUCUCUGAAGAUAUGAAAGGGCCAGCUAUAUUGGAUGGUGAUCAUCACAUCACCCAAUUGUAUAUUGAUUGGACGCAUCGUAGCCUGCAUCAUUGCGGGACCGAACCAACCAUCAACGAGGUUCGACAGCAUUACUGGGUAAUCAGACUAAGACCCACUACUAAAAGAAUAGUAAGCCAAUGCGUUCAGUGCCGCAUAAGAAAGGCACAACCAUCCAUGCCAGCCACCGGUGAUCAUCCCAGCACGCGUCUCGCACAUCACCAGAGACCGUUCACGUUCACCGGCCUGGAUUAUUUUGGGCCACUCUCCGUAACAGUGGGACGUCAGCAUCAAAAGAGAUACGUGGCGCUCUUCACCUGCCUUACAUCACGAGCUGUACAUUUGGAAAUUGUGAAAGAUCUCAGCGCAGACUCUGCCAUACUGGCAUUAAGAAGAUUCGCAGCGCGCCGAGGAUGUCCCACCGAGAUUUACUCGGACAACGGCACCAAUAUGCACGGUGCCGACAAGGAGCUUCGAGAGGCCUUCCGAGAAGAAGCCAGCCGACGAGGCAUAGUCUGGCGAUUUAUAACCCCCUCCGCGCCUUUCAUGGGAGGGGUGUGGGAACGGCUUGUUCGAUGCGUGAAGACGGCACUAUACACCGUCCUUCAUGAGAGACAUCCGCACGAAGAUGUCUUGACCACGCUGCUCUGCGAGGUGGAAUAUACAGUAAACAGCAGACCAUUGACUCACAUCUCAGUAGACAGCAAAGACAACGAGUCCAUCACUCCAAAUCACUUCCUAUUGGGAGGAUCUGCGAGACUGCCAACACCUGGAGUUUUUAGUGAAAAAGAUGCGAACAGCAAAAAACACUGGCGACGCUCCCAGAUACUCGCUGACAUGUUCUGGCAGCGUUGGGUCAAAGAAUAUCUGCCGGAACUUCAAAACCGGCGGGAGGCCCACGGUCAAGGCCCCGAUCUCCAGGUGGGCGAUCCAGUCCUCAUAGCUGACAGCCAGUUACCUCGUAACACCUGGCCACGAGGAAGGAUUGAAAACAUAUACCCCGGGGCGGACGGACAGAUCCGCACUGUGGAGGUACGCACAGCGAAUGGACUAAUCAAGAGGCCAACCAGAAAACUCGUGCCGCUGCCGAAGUAGAGGCAACGUCUCUCACCGAAAUUAUGCAGCGCCGCUGCGACGGGUCUUCGCGACGCUGCACGGCGGGAGAAAUGUUCGAGACGGCCAAAAUGACUGUUCACAACGGCAAAAAUGACUUUAAACGAGAAAGUGAUUAAGGAAUAUUUAUUUGUUUAAAAAAUGAAAAUACGGAAAAAUUGACUAAAUAAUGUAUUAAAUAUAGUUUCACCAUGUAUUUACAACUCUCAAUAUGUUUGUAUAGAAGGUCGAUUUGACAAUAGUUAAUAUAAACAACUUUAUUUUGUUUAAGAAAAUAUCGACCAAUCACAGCGCGCCGCGCUAUAGAACUUUCUGGAAAUUUAAAUUAACUGCGUAACAGUUUUAAGCAAAAAAUUAAUGAGAAUAAUUUUAUGUCUGAAAAGAGUUGUAAAUAUGGUAUUUAGUUAGCAUAUGAUGUAUAGAUCGUUAUAAUAAAGAAAUAUUUUGUAUAAUUAAGCACGAUUUAAAAGUUAUAGGAUAAUUAAAGAAUUAAUAUGACCAAUUAGUGUAAAAGUUUAGGACAUUUCAAUGAAUAACUUUUGUUCGAGACGGCCAAAAUGACUGUUCACAACGGCAAAAAUGACUUUAAACGAGAAAGUGAUUAAGGAAUAUUUAUUUGUUUAAAAAAUGAAAAUACGGAAAAAUUGACUAAAUAAUGUAUUAAAUAUAGUUUCACCAUGUAUUUACAACUCUCAAUAUGUUUGUAUAGAAGGUCGAUUUGACAAUAGUUAAUAUAAACAACUUUAUUUUGUUUAAGAAAAUAUCGACCAAUCACAGCGCGCCGCGCUAUAGAACUUUCUGGAAAUUUAAAUUAACUGCGUAACAGUUUUAAGCAAAAAAUUAAUGAGAAUAAUUUUAUGUCUGAAAAGAGUUGUAAAUAUGGUAUUUAGUUAGCAUAUGAUGUAUAGAUCGUUAUAAUAAAGAAAUAUUUUGUAUAAUUAAGCACGAUUUAAAAGUUAUAGGAUAAUUAAAGAAUUAAUAUGACCAAUUAGUGUAAAAGUUUAGGACAUUUCAAUGAAUAACUUUGUUAAAUGUAAAUAUAUUAAUUAUCCUUUAUCGCAUACUAAUGUAGAACAAAAAUGUCUAUUUAAUGAUGUAUAGCAUGUUAGAGUUAAGAUUUGUAUUAUAUAGAAAAGUUGCAAUUUGUGCCAUUUGCAUAAAGAAAAAUGAUUGAAAAUAAAGAGGCAAAUGGGAAUUGGCAAGCGGCUCUCUAUAGAGUAUAGCCGAAGUCUACCUUAUGGGGGCAAAUCACAGUAACAUUGUAGUAGGAAGAACUACCAGUAACAAGCAGCAGUAUCCGGUAGUAGCUGAAGUGACUAGUAGCAGAACACAGUGAAAAGUUAAAGUGAAAUAGAAAAGUUUAGCUAGCCGAAAAAGGUCGUAACUGAAAAAUAGCAGUUACACAUAGUCGGAAAAAGUGGCAACUGAAAAUUCUCAGUUGCACAUAGAAAAAUAGUGUCAGCUAGCCAAAAAUAGUGGUAACUGAUAUUCGCAGUUACAUAUAGUGAAAAAGUGUUGGCUAGCUGAAAUAAGUGGUAACGGAAAUUUCGCCGUUACAUUUCGUGAAAAGUGUUAGCUAGACGGAAAAAGUGGUAACUGAUAUUCGCAGUUACAAAAGUGUUUAAAUUCAACUAAUUUUAGUUGAUUAAUAGCUGCUAGUCAGUAGUGUUAGAAAACCAGCUGCUACCAAUAGAAAUUUUGGAUACUACCAAUAGAAAUUUGUUACUUUCAAUAGAUAUUUAAAAUAACCAAUAGAAAUUGUAGAGAAUACCAAUAGAAACUUGUUACUGCCAAUAGAAAUUUGAUAUUACCAACAGAUAUUUUAAAAAUACGAAUAGAAAUUUUAGAAAACCAAUAGAAAUUUUAAUAUUACUGUGUGUUUAAUUAAAUCUGUGUUUUUAAAAUAUAUAGUGAACAAUCAUAGUUGAAAAAUAGUGAUAAAUAAAUAACAGUGUAAAAUCUCGCGACAAAUUAAUUAGUCGAUCCGCUGGCCACUCCCUUGCUAUUUUAAUUUAC